CACUGCCCACAGCGCCCAGCCAUUGGAGUGGCACGCUGUCCGUCCCGCCCCGCUACCGCCCAGCGAACCUCUAGCGCUGGGGAGGGCUUGGGCUGUGAGAGCGUCGCGGCGCCGUGUGCUGGCGGGCUUCGUGGAGACCAGUGUGCGGACGCUGCCAGCGCUGGGUUGGGGGCACACCGCCUGCAGCCAUGACCCUCGCAGUGUGUCUCUCGGCCUCGGCGCGGGGAGUCUAAUAUCCCACACAGUUGCACGCAGCUGCUGGAGAGCCGACUGCUGCACCCUCGUCGCCCUUGGCGCCUUAUCACACUCCCUGCCCCGGAGCUGGGAGCAGCGCGGGGACCCGGCAAACCCCUUGCAAACUGGGGGUGUCUGCUGGAGCUGGCCCCGCCGCCGCCGCCGCCGCUGCCCCCGGCUCUGGCCAUGGCCUGGUGGGGAGCACGGCCGAGAGUCCUGGGGGCUCCCGCGGGCGUCGGUUUCAGUCUGCGGCUCCUGCUGGUAUUGCUACUGCUCCUGGGAUCGGCUUGGGGCUUUGGGGAUGAGGAGGAGCGUCGCUGCGACCCCAUCCGCAUCUCCAUGUGCCAGAACCUGGGUUACAACGUGACCAAGAUGCCCAACCUUGUGGGGCAUGAGCUGCAGACGGACGCGGAGCUGCAGCUGACAACUUUCACGCCGCUCAUCCAGUACGGCUGCUCCAGCCAGCUGCAGUUCUUCCUUUGUUCCGUGUAUGUGCCGAUGUGCACAGAGAAGAUCAACAUCCCUAUCGGCCCGUGUGGCGGCAUGUGUCUUUCAGUCAAGAGACGCUGUGAACCUGUCCUGAAGGAAUUUGGAUUUGCCUGGCCGGAGAGCCUGAACUGCAGCAAAUUUCCACCGCAGAAUGACCACAACCACAUGUGCAUGGAAGGGCCAGGUGAUGAGGAGGUGCCAUUACCUCACAAAACCCCUAUCCAGCCUGGGGAAGAGUGCCAUUCUGUGGGAACCAAUUCCGAUCAGUAUAUCUGGGUGAAAAGGAGCCUGAACUGCGUUCUCAAGUGUGGCUAUGAUGCUGGUUUAUACAGCCGCUCCGCCAAGGAGUUCACUGACAUCUGGAUGGCCGUGUGGGCCAGCCUGUGCUUCAUCUCCACCGCAUUCACUGUGCUCACCUUUCUGAUCGAUUCUUCCCGGUUUUCCUACCCUGAGCGCCCCAUCAUAUUUCUCAGUAUGUGCUAUAAUAUUUAUAGCAUUGCUUAUAUUGUCAGGCUGACUGUAGGCCGGGAAAGGAUAUCCUGCGAUUUUGAAGAGGCAGCAGAACCUGUUCUCAUCCAAGAAGGCCUUAAGAACACAGGAUGUGCAAUCAUUUUCUUGCUGAUGUACUUUUUUGGAAUGGCCAGUUCCAUCUGGUGGGUUAUUCUGACACUCACUUGGUUUUUGGCAGCCGGACUCAAAUGGGGUCAUGAAGCCAUUGAAAUGCACAGCUCUUAUUUCCACAUUGCAGCCUGGGCCAUCCCUGCAGUGAAAACUAUUGUCAUCUUGAUUAUGAGACUGGUGGAUGCAGAUGAACUCACUGGCCUGUGCUAUGUUGGGAACCAAAACCUGGAUGCUCUCACGGGCUUUGUGGUGGCUCCCCUCUUUACUUACUUGGUGAUCGGAACUUUGUUCAUUGCUGCAGGUUUGGUGGCCUUGUUCAAAAUUCGGUCAAAUCUUCAAAAGGAUGGGACAAAGACAGACAAGUUGGAAAGGCUGAUGGUCAAGAUUGGGGUCUUCUCAGUCCUCUACACGGUUCCUGCAACCUGUGUGAUUGCCUGUUAUUUCUAUGAAAUCUCCAACUGGGCGCUUUUCCGGUAUUCUGCAGAUGACUCCAAUAUGGCGGUUGAAAUGUUGAAAAUUUUUAUGUCCUUGCUGGUGGGCAUCACUUCAGGCAUGUGGAUUUGGUCUGCCAAAACUCUUCACACUUGGCAGAAGUGUUCCAACAGAUUGGUGAAUUCUGGGAAGGUAAAGAGAGAAAAAAGAGGGAACGGCUGGGUAAAGCCUGGGAAAGGCAAUGAAACUGUGGUAUAAAGCUAGCCAGCCUCCACACUUCCCAGAUUUUGAAGGAAAACACCAGCAUUUCUGUGCAAAUGCUACUAAAAGUUUCAUGCAGUGAAUCUCAGUUUGAACAAACUAGCCACCCUAAAGCGACCCCCAUAACCCACCACCCUCUCCCUCUCCCCCUCGACAUCAUAAAACUCAUGAUUUUGCUGCAGACUUUGGAAUAAUCCAAAAUGGAAAAGCCAGUUAAAGGCUUUCAAAGCUGUGAAAAAUCAUAACGUUUGAUCACUUUAGCAGGUCGCAACUUGGAACGUGGAGGUCCUGCCUAGAUUCCAGGAGGUCCAGGGCGAUGCUGCUUUUCCCUGAGGGGUGGGAUUUGAGCUGUGAGGAGGUAACUUGCAGGGAGAAAGAUUAACUUUUUUUUAACUCUUUAAAAUUUAAAAUACUAACUGGGUCUUUCAGAUAGCAAAGCAAUCUAUAAACACUGGAAAUGCUGGGCUCAGAGACGUGUUACAAGAGUUUUAUAGUUGGCUGAUCUAACAUAAACAUUUUCUGUGGUGUAUUGUCUGCUGUUUAGAACUUGUGGAUUGCUCUCCCAAGAGGUGGUGUCAGAAUCUUUCAGUGCCUUUGUCAUAAAACAGAAUUGUUUGAACAAACAAAAGUACUGUACAAACACACAUAAGGUAUCCAGUGCAUUUUUCUUCUCUCUCUUCCUCUUAAAUUUCAACAUAUCUAUUUGAGGCUGCUGCUGUUUCUUUCACUUUACAUUAAUAACUCAAAAUAGGUAUUUUUAUAGGAAUUUUUGCACUGCAGCAUGCCUAAUGAGGGGGGAAGGAAGGGUGAUUCACUUUCUGACAAUCACUUAAUUCAGAGGAAAAUGAGAUUUACCAAGUCGACUUACCUUACCGACCCCAGAGACCUAUUGCAUUGAGCGAUGAGGACUUAAUAUAUUUUACUUCGUGUGAUUGCAUCUAUGCAGACGCCAGUCUGGAAGAGCUGCAAUGUUAAGUUUCUUGGCAACUUUGCAUUCACACAGAUUAACUGUAAUUUGUGUGUGUCAAUUACAAUUAAAAGCACAUUCUUGGACCAUGACAUAAUAGUAUAUUCAACUGACUUUCAAACUGUGGUCAACUUGCAUUCUCAGAAUGAUAGUGCCUUUUUUUUUUUUUUUUUAGCAUAAGAAUGUUAUCAGAGGAGUCUGGUCUACUUACCACAAUGGAGACUUUCUCAGUUUUGUAGAGGGAACUAAGGACAGCUAAUCCAACUACUUGGUGCAUAAUUGUUUCCCGGUAAUUGGCAAAGCCUCCUUAUAAGAUUUCAUUGGAGGCAGUGUGGCCUGGAGUAUUUAUAUGGUGCUUAAUGAAUCUCCAGAAUGCUAGCCAGGAGCCGAUUGGUUUGUAGGGAAUAAAGUGGAGACCAUAUGAAAUGAACUGCAAACUCUAACAGCACAGGUCUUAAUUGCCUUUUGCGGAGGUAUCCAGAGCUUUUAAAAUUUAUGCUUUAUGUUCUUUACAAGGGGGUACCCCCUAGCAACCUCUCAAAAGUUGCAGUUCUUUUAAAAUUGUAACUGGCCUUUCCUUAACCUACCUUAGGCCUUCUAAUCACCAGAUCUCUGGGACAAAUUGUGGACACUGUCACAGGUUGCUCUCCUUGUUAACUCCUACCUGUCUUUGCUUUAGCAACUACUUUGCAAUGAUUCGUUUAUUUAUUUAUCCAUGCCCCAGCCCCUUUUUAAAAACAGGUAAGAAAGCUCUUUCAUCACAUUUUUUAGUGAGAAAACAUCUCCAGAGACUCAAAAUUCCAAAAAGCGUGACUUUUUGUUUGUUUGAGUUUGAUGCCCGUGGUUUGGCACUUUCCUUCCUUCUGCUUUUGUGUGGCUCUUGAGCUGUCUGAGAUGCAGAUGCAUGUAAGGUCCAUGGCAGGUUCUGGAAGGAAAAGUCUUGGAGCUUUGGGGACAGUCCCUAAGUGGGCACACAGCGGGGCGGGGGGUGGGGGGGCCCAGCUGUGUGUGCCACUGAGCCUGAGUACCUUGGCUGGCCUCCGGGGUCAGGGCUUCAGGAGCAUGAGAAAGGAUCCUCAGAAGGACCAGUUGAACUCCAUCUGAGAUUACAUUGCCUAUGAAAUGUACAGCAUGAACUCCCGUGCUGCUUGCAGACAGUUCCCAGAGCUGGCCGGGCUUUAGAGCAUGCACCCAGGGGCAGAGUCUGCCCUUACUCACGCUCUGCUCUAGUGUCUUGGGAGUUGUGCAGAGCCUGUGGUCCAGGCAAGGGAAAGACUGACCGUGCCGCUGGGCACUGAGGUUUGUAAUACAAUUUUCUUUGUAAUGUUUGGGGAUUGUGUGACCAAAGUAGCACCUAGCAGAGGGCCAGGCACACAGUAGGUGCUCAAUAUUUGUAAGCAGUGAAAUAAUAAUAAUAAUAAUAAUAAUAAUAAUAAUACGAGUACUUGAGUGAACCAAGUUCUGGAGCUGGUGUGCCCUGACAACAUUUUGGGUUUUAACAUGUCUCUCCUACAAAUCUCUUACCUUCUCAGGGGAAAGUAUAUUUAGUCAGAAGUGACUGUGGGUGCAGGCCCAUUCAUAACCUUAGCAAUGCCACAGGGUUAUAGGCCUUUCCCUCCACAUUCCAGACAAUGGAGAGUGUUUAUGGUUUUAGGAAAGGAGCUUGUGGCUGAGUUAGUUACCAAUUACCCUGAAGUGACUCCAUCACCUCUUACGUUGGCUUUGUUUAAAAAAAAAAAAAGGUCAAUUAUCUACAUGUUGCUUAAGUGCCGACUGUGCGUAAGGCGCUAUGUUGGGCUCUGUAGCGGAUGUCGUGGACCACAAGCUCUGUUCUCCCUGACCUGGACUGGGAUGCCCCUGGGCCUGCGGAACUUUGCUGUUCAAUUUGGGAAGGUGCAGGUAUCUCUGAAUUGCCAUCUCUUUCACUGUCUCCAUCCCUUAAACCUCUUCCUGGUCUUAUACUAUCUUUAAUGCAUCUCUGAUCCCUUCCCAGAAUUCCCUGCAAUCAAUGAUGGGUCCUGACAGAAGGCGUCAGCUCUGCCUCAUGGUGGUCUUGUGGGAAUCUUGUAGGAAGACUAAGAUUGGCUGUAAAGGACGUGAGCUCCCACAUAGAAUGUGGCUUUGGGGCAGGCAAUACCAAGCUUGGGUGUUCCAUGUGACUUGCACAGGUAAACUUGUGGACAGUAUCUUGCUAGGAAAAAGAUUUUUUCUUUGAAGUCUAGAGUAAGUAGGUAUGCUUGUAGCUUCCUGCACAGGGCCUUGGCUUCCAGAGAUUUUAUUCAGUAGAGCCCAAGGGCACAUCUUUCCAGCCUCUUCUCUGGCAAACUCCUUUCUCCUUCAUGAAGCCCCCCCCCCCCCCAUCUCAGUGCGGGGAGACAUGUGGUAGGGUGGAACUAGCCAGAAUCAUCUGGUUGAACUACUUGGUAGAUUCAUAUCCUUUUUCCUCUGUGGAGACCUGUUUCCUGAUCUCUGAGACUGCUUCUGAGCUGGCAGCUUGCUCAGGGACCUGAAACCAGAGAAAGGGUGACACUUUUCAUUUCCCUGAGAUGCUCUCUGACUUUCCUUUCCCCGGUCACUCCCUCACCAGCACCCACCAAACCCAGAAGGCGGGAGACAUUCUGUCUCCAUUCCUGAACUGUGACUUUACCAGCACCCCCAGCUCUGUCCUCUCUGGCCCCCCUCAGCCUCCUGGACACUCAAUCCAGUGCUUACUGUGUUGGGAACCAAGCUGGAACCUGAGGACUCAAAGAGGAACUCAGCCCAGGAAGACACACUCAGUUGCAAGUGAUUUUACCAGGAUGGUGUAAUCUUUGGCUUCUGUGACUUCUGGUGAGGUGACCUCAGCAGUAGUUAGGGAAGAGAGCCACCCAGCACAUCUACAUCCUCAAGUUCUUUCUGUGAGGGAGGAGAUUGGGGAAGAGUUGCUGUAUCAGCCAAUUAUGUUAAGUCACUGGACUCGGACAGGUUUUUUUUCUCCUUUAUUGUAUUUGGGUUCAGAGUCCCUGGCUGGGUUUGUAUCAUGUCUGGCAAAGGACCCAGGUUAUCAUUUUUCCUCUGGGCCUAGGCCAUAUAGAUCUUGGAAACUCCUAGGAGAGCACUUUGCUCCUACCUAGCAUCAGAUACCAGAGGCUUAAAUAAUGUAUUUUGCUUCACUGUGGCCUGGCCAGAGCUUCCUGCUGCUGCUUCUUGCCACACACAUGUGCAGUAGUGGCAUGCUGGCCAUUACCAGGAGGGAAGCGAACCCAGGAUUUCCCUGACAGGAUUUGCCCCUUGGUAAGCCAGUUGCCCUAUAGUAACUUGUUUCUGUUUCCAGUUUACCUAUUUCUCUUCUUCUUUGCACCAGCAAAUUCUCAGUAUUCACCCAGGCAACUUGUAGUAGGCCUGUUUGGGAUCCUGUAUGACCUUUGUCCUUCAAAUUUUGUAGCCCCCUGAUCCCCUAGGAUAUUCAGUCCAUGACCACUGUCGUUCGGAAGGCUUCUGAGAAGAGGGGCAAGGGCAGCUCUGCACCGGGACAGCCAGGUCUGUCUUCUCUCCCAGAUGUGCACCUUUCCACACCCUGCUGACAGCCCAGGCCCUGACCUGGCUGUGGGCUUCGGGAGGGGCGGGCUGCUUUCUAGUCUCUCACCGUGGGGCAUCUUGGUGGUUCUGAAUUUUUUUCUACCUCACAGAGAUGUUGUAAGACUUCAAGAGGUCUGAAGAUGAAGGCCCCUUGAGCUCUUUGUAGGAAGGGUGGAAUAGAUAGCAGCAGUGACCUGUGAAGAGAUGAAAUGUGGCUCGAUCUGCUCAUGCCACAGUCAAGCCAGUGCUCCGUGUCCUCUCUCUGGACCCCUGUGCCCCCCUGCAGCUCCUGCCACCUUGAGGCCACUCUGGGGACUUUCAGAUGUUCGACACAGAGGUACCAGGCAAAUCCCAGCUACACAUGCCCUAAACGAAUUGCUGAACGUCGAAGGAAAUGGACCCUGCUUUUAAGGAUGUACAAAUGUAUGUCUGCAUUGAUGUCUGUACUGUAAAUUUCUAAUUUAUCGCUGUGUAAAAAAAUAAACUUUGCUAUUUAAUUUUUGUAUUAAAGAAAAAUAAACUUUUGUUUAUUACCUUG